AUGACCAACAGUAAAGGAACACUAGUUAUUGGCUACAAUUCAUCGGAACAUACACCGGCAACAGAAUUAAUUGGCAGCAAUGUAGAUAUUCUAACAGAGAUCCUUACCUGUGUGCCGGCAAAGUUUGUCAUCAGAUUCAAGUGCGCGUCUAAGGAUUGGUUCUCCCUAAUCUCCAAUUCACCAUUUUCUCUCAACCACUCUAACCGAUAUCCCAGUGCCUUGUUCUCAGGACUAUUCAUCAACCCUGUUACAUCAUUUGACGAUGAAAAAGUCAAGUCUGUCUCACUUCACGGCCAACACCAAAGUCUUCCGACUUCGUCACUUCUUGAUGGUGUUGGAUAUGGGUCUGUACUUCCCUAUCAUGGUGGCACUAUGACAUCUUCUAUACCAUUUCAUAUCAUAACAAAGUUUGGUGUUUUCUUGAGUUCUAUGUUUGGUGGUUAUUUGGCUUUUGAUCCUUCAAAAUCACCGCACUACAUUGUUGUAUUGGUAAGUUACAUUAGGAAUAGUGACGGCUGCUUUUACUUAAUUGACAUAUACUCUUCGGAGAGCACUUCUUGGACACACAUGCGUGCUGCUGCACCACCAGGUUACCCUUUCGCAAAAAAGGUAUUUUGGAAUGGUUCAAUUCAUUGGAUGAGUUACGAUAACGUUUACAUUCGAUUUGAUGUUGAUGCUGAGAAGCUAAUAGGAACUCGAAUGCCUUCAAACCCUAAAAUUCUCUCCGAAGAGAGAAUUUGGUAUUUUGGAGAAUGCUGUGGCCAUUUACUUCUUGUUCAGUGCUGUGAUAUGGGAUUCAGAAUUCUUGAGAUGGAGAGGAACUACUGUUAUUGGAUUGAGAAGUACCAGGUCAAUCUUAGUCCCAUAAUAUCUCUUUUUCCUGAGAUAGAGAGAAGCAGACACAUGUGUGACCUGCCCAUCAUUAGGAAAAUUGCUGUGCUAUGUGUUGUGAAGGGAGCAAAUGAAAAAGAUUUUACGUUGGUGUUAUCUAUUCCUGGCAAAAUUGUUUCCUAUAAUCUGAAGUGCAAGACAGUGAAGGUGCUCUGCGAUUACCGAACUGGCUUUUAUGAAUUUUCUGGUUACAAGCACAUUUCUAGUGCGUAUACUUUUAAGUAUGUUUAUGAAUUCUAUGAAAGCCUGUCCAUUGUUUGA